ACGAAAGAUUUAAAAACUCUAAAAUCAAUGAUGAAGCAGUUUUUCAAAAACUUUAUCACUUUUUUAUACAUAUAUAAAUAGUGCUGAAUUUUUUUAAAUCUGUGCCUGAAAUAUAUUGCGUAUAUAUCAUACCAUUAAUUGUAUGAAUUUUAUCAAUAUGUGUACUUUAAUAGAAAGAAAUUCAAAAACACAGGAAAGUGGCAUAUGUCAAAUAAUAUUUGAAAUGUCAACCAGAAUUUUAAAACAUUUUUUGAAAUGUUCGUUUAUCCAAUUUCAUGUAAUAUUUGACAUAUUAAUAGAUUUAAUUUUUGGAUUAUAUUAUAAAAAUGAUAUACAAAAAGUUCCUCCAAUCAAGAAUAACUUAGUAUUAAUGAGCGCAUCAGAAUUGGCUGAAAAAAUCAGAACAAAAAAAAUAUCAUCAUUAGAAGUUGUAACGGCAUUUAUAGAAAGAGCAAAGGAAAUAAAUGAAAUAAUAAAUGCAGUUGUUGAAGAUAGAUAUUCUGAUGCUUUAGAAGAAGCUAAAGAAAUAGACAAACUUUUACAAUCAUUAGAAAAUUCUGAUUUAAUAAAAGAAAAAAAACCAUUUUUGGGUGUUCCUUUUACGACAAAAGAAAGCAAUGAAGCAAAAGGUAUGCUUCAUACAAUGGGUUUAAUAAGUAGACGUAAUUUUCGUUCUCAAGAAGAUGCAACAGCAAUACAUCUUAUAAAAGAUGUUGGUGGAAUUUUAAUAGCAAAAACAAAUAUUCCUGAACUAAAUUUAUGGACUGAAUCAAGAAACAAUUUAUAUGGACAAACAUGUAAUCCAUAUGAUACCACUAGAAAUGUUGGUGGAAGUAGUGGAGGAGAAGCAGCAAUUACUGCUGCUUGUGGAACUGCAUUUUCUGUUGCCAGUGAUAUUGGUGGUUCUAUUAGAAUGCCAGCUUUCUUCAAUGGAGUAUUUGGAUUUAAACCAACUGCAGGUUUAACACCACUAAAAGGUAUUGGACUUCGACAAGAAGAUUAUCCUAAUUCAAUGGCAGAAGUAGGUCCAAUAUGUAAGAAAGCAGAAGAUUUAAUACCUCUUUUAAAAGUUUUAAUUCAAGAUAAAAUAUCAUUACUUAAUCUUAAUGCAGAAGUAGAUAUAACACAACUUAAUAUUUUUUACCAAGAAAAUUCAGGUGAUAUAAGAGCAAGUAAAAUAAAUUAUGAAAUGAGAACAGCUCUAUUAAAAGUUGUGCAACAUUUUAAAGAAGUUAAUGGAUCUAUAACAAAAAUAAAAAUACCUGGUUCUGAAUAUAGUUAUCGGUUAUGGAGAUUUUGGAUGACACAAGAAAAUAUGGAUUUCAAAUUAAAUAUAACAAAUAGAAAGUAUCGUACAAGUGCUUUUACAGAAAUUUCAAAAUUGUUAACUGGAAAGUGUGAAUUAACGUUUGCUGCAAUUCUGAAAUUAAUUGAUGAAGAUUUAUUUCCUGUAGAAGAUCCUAAAUGGGCAAUGAAUGUUACUACAAAUAUGAAAAACUAUUUAAUGAGUAAAUUAGAACAUAAUGGGAUACUAUUUUAUCCAUCUUCACCUUAUUCAGCUGGAUAUCAUUAUACAGCUUUUUUAAGACCAUAUAAUUUUGGUUACUGGUGUCUUUUCAAUGUUUUGAAAUUUCCAGUUUGUCAAGUGCCUCUUGGUAUUGAUAAGAAUGGAUUACCUAUUGGGGUGCAGGUCGUAGCAGCUCCCUAUAAUGAUCAUCUAUGUUUGGCUGUAGCACGAGAAUUAGAGAAAGUAUUUGGUGGUUGGGUUCCACCAUCUUAAUUUAUUAUAAAAUUGAUGUUAAUUCAAUUUAAUAAUUUAUAUUAGUAAUUAUUAUCAGAUAUUAUUAAUAUAAGAUUUUUUUUUAUAUAUUGUUAUUAUGAUACAUUAUUAUAUUUGUUAAUAUAUAAAUAGAAUAAUAAUAAGUUAAUAGCAUAUUUUUAUUUUAUAACUUUAUAUAAAUAUAUAAGAUAUAAUAAAUAUUAUUCAAAAU